GUGUGUGUAUAUGCACAGCGAUGAUCGUCGGUGUAUAUAUAUAUAUAUACAUAUAGUGAGAUAGAAGAGAGUGAAAAGGAGAGAUGGGUUGGAGAGGGAUACUGGGUUUUGAGUAUGGAAUAGUUCAGGCGCCGUUGGGACCGGAUAUAUCCGGGCCGGAGCUGGUCGCCGCCGUAGCCAACGCCGGCGGGCUUGGUCUACUCAGAGCUCCUGAUUGGGAAGCUCCAGAUUACUUGAGAGAUCUAAUCAGGAAGACCAAGAAGUUGACUGGAAAGCCAUUUGGGAUUGGCGUGGUCCUAGCAUUUCCUCAUGAGGAAAAUGUUAAGGCCAUACUGGAUGAAAAGGUUGCAGUUCUGCAGCUUUACUGGGGUGAAUGUACAAAGGAGCUAGUCCUUCAAGCUCAUCAGGCCGGCGUAAAGGUUGUUCCCCAGGUUGGGAGCGUUAAAGAGGCAAAAAAAGCUAUUGAAGUGGGCGUAGAUGCAAUAAUUGUCCAAGGGCGGGAAGCAGGAGGGCAUAUCAUUGGUCAGGAGGCGUUGAUUUCAUUGGUUCCAAGAGUAGUUGAUCUUGUUGGUGACAAAGAUAUUCCGGUAAUUGCUGCUGGUGGCAUUGUGGAUGCACGUGGUUAUGUUGCUGCUCUGGCACUCGGUGCACAGGGUGUCUGCCUAGGAACUAGAUUCCUUGCCACUAAUGAAAGUUACGCGCACAAAACAUACAAGAGGAAGCUGGUCGAGAUUGAGAGAACCGAGUAUACAGACAUAUUCGGGCGUGCAAGGUGGCCCGGGGCACCACAUCGAGUCCUAGUAACACCUUUCUUCAGGGACAGUAAAACUCUGCCGGGCCAUGAAAAUGAGACCAAUCAACCGGUCAUUGGCCGCACAACCAUACACGGCGUGGAGAAAGUGAUUCGUCGAUUCGCGGGCACUGUUCCGAAUGCAUCAACAACUGGGGAUCUUGAGAGCAUGGUGAUGUUUGCUGGGGAAGGUGUAGGGCUGAUCAAGGAAGUUGUGGCAGCAGGAGAAGUGGUGAAGAGGCUGGUUGAAGAGGCUCAGCUGCUCAUCCAGCAAAGAUUUAGCUCUGAAAUGUAGUCACACUGUUUGCAGAUCAAUGGAUGAUCUUCUUCUCUAGGAAAUCAAUAAUUCAAUGAAUAAAAUCAGUUGGAAGGGUGCUUCAUCCUUCUGUUGUCUUAACCAAAGCCUAUAGAUUUCAAUUUGGAAAUGCACGGGGAUGUAUAUACUCACCCCUCAACUUUUA